AGAGGCAGAAUGUCCACACUACAACACACCGCUGCUUUUACCUUAGUCGUGAUUUGCCUGUGUGGAGCUCAGACGACCCAACGAGAGGGAGUGGAGGGAGGUAUAGAGAGGAGGCUGCUGCUGGAUGCUCUGAAAAUGGGAAUCCUGAGCUCUCUGGGGAUGGAUGAGGCCCCGAAUGUCAAGAAGAGGGCCUCGCAAACAGAGCUAUGGGAGAUGGAAAGACUUUACCAGGAGAAACUUAGUGAGCUUGGGCUGAAUACAAGUCGAAGUAACGCGAGGUCCACACUGCUUCUGCCACACAGAGUGUACAAGCUCCAACCUGGACAUCGGCGACUCCAGCGUAGACUCCCUUUCCACUGGCACAGGGCAGAGUUCACAGAGAGGCCCAGUAUACAAGAGAAACUAUCUUUGAUCCGCGCCGAUCUCUACAUGUCCAGACAAGUUCUGGGCAAAGCUGCGGCAAGGGUCAAAGUUCACAUGCAAGGUUCCAAUUCAACCAAACACGCAGUAUGGAGAGACAGCUCAAUGAACAGGGAUAUGUCGCAAAGUUUAGUAUUGGACAUUAGAGCAGAGGUGCAAAAGUGGAUCCGGGAUGAUAGUGGGCCCCUGGUGGUGGACGUGCGACAUAAAGGAGCUGAUUAUAAUUUUAAUAUUUCUCUUAAGUUGACGCAAAAACACAACAUUUCAAGAACUACUCGCUCCAACAAGGAAGCAGAAUGCGACGAGCUAGAUUUGUGCUGCCGUCAAUCGAUGACAGUGUCCUUUAAAGACAUUGGGUGGACGGAUUGGGUAGUAGCUCCGUCAGAAUAUACGAUGCAUUUUUGCCAUGGUUCGUGCCCACAUAACUACAUGCCUGCUAGUAUGCACACUCAGGUCAAGUCCAGACUGGCACAGAUCUCCAAAGGGGGCAUCUCACGACCCUGCUGUGUCCCAUCCGCCUACCAGCCCAUGGUGCUAAUGCAUUACGAUAGCCACGGCAAGCUUAAGCUAACACCAUUUGAAGAUCUCAUAGUCAGCAAAUGUCACUGUGCUUGAUGUCAACUGUAUAUUUUGAUGUUUAGGGUAAUGAUUUUGACAAGACAGAUAACUGCCGUAACCAGCCAGAGCCUCUUUAUUUUUUGUUAGAGGUGUCUUUGAACUGGUGACUUAUUGGUUGGUGGGCAAAUCGUAGUUAGCUCAUGCUAAUGCUAAUGGUUGGCUUCAACUGUGUGCACUUAAAGUACAUAUGACAGAUUACACAACACAUUUCAUCAAAAUGUAGUUAACAUGAUUACAUUUGAGAUUUUACCUAGGUUUCCACAAUUUUUGCAAAGUUUUAAAUUUGAAUUCCUGGCUGGAAGUGGGCAGCAGAUGUGUCACAUCUGCUCAGGUAAAUCCAUAACUGUCACCUAGCAACCAUAAAGUUAGCAAGGACAAACACUUGUCUAGAUUACAUAAUAGUUAUGAUUAGGCUAAUAAAAAUACUCUGUGUUGAUGACAGAUACAAGGGAUUGUAUUUUACAACACUUUGCUACUUCCUGUAUUUUUUGUAAAUUUUUACCACAGGGAGUGUGCCACCAAACCAGGUCACAAUCAGAAAACAUGAACACGUGUCAUAUGCACUUUAAAUCAAUGAAACAACAAAAGAAAAUAAUACCUAAUUAACAAUGUGUUUUUCAAUGGC